AUGGAGAAGUACCUGCGCUCCUGGCGGCAGGACGCGUUAAAUCGCGGCCAGCAUGAUUCCGCCAUCUACAUUGGCGACAAGGUUCUUGCGCUCACCAGUACGCCCCUCAGCGCUCCCUAUUCGCAACAAGCGGCUGAUCAGUGGGAAACAGACAGUGACUCGGAUGCUUUUUGGCUGGCCCAAGUCCAUUUUUCCAACAACAACUUUACACGCGCCCUCGCCCUUUUGUCCCGCAAAGACCUCGUCUCGAGAAGCACUGCCUGUCGCUACCUCGCAGCUCAUUGCUACAUUAAACAGAACCAGUUCGAACAGGCCCUCUCAAUUCUCGGAGAGCAUAACCCUACCGAUUUGAUCCGGAGUAACAACAGUCGCCGGAAGAUCCAGCACCUCAACGGUCAGAGCCAUGUCACACUACGGAAUGGAAGGAGCACAACAACGCGUGGGGAGCGAGGUGAGGAUCGCGAAAGGGACGAAGCCAAUAAUGUGAGGUUUGAGGCCGCCAUGUGCUAUUUGAGAGGACUCUGCUUUGCGAAACAAAAUGCGUUCGACCGAGCACGGGACUGCUACAAGGACGCUGUACGGAUUGAUGUGCAGUGCUUUGAGGCCUUUGACCAGCUUAUGAAAAACUCACUCAUGUCGCCCACGGAGGAACUAGAAUUUCUCGAAUCCCUGGAUUUCGACUCGGUCUCCUCGCCUGACCCCGCGAUCACUCAGGAGGCAGCCCACUUCACCAAGAUGCUUUACACCACCCGUCUGUCAAAGUACUCGGCCCCGAGUCUUUUGUCAGAUGCAACUGAAACCCUUUCCACACAUUACAACCUGUCUGAGAACCCUGACAUCUUGCUGUCGCGCGCAGAGGCGCUUUACACACAAUGUCGGUUCGCCGAAGCCUUGGAACUGACCUCCUCUAUCCUCUCCACCUCCCAGUCAAGCGAAUUGACAUCCACCAACAGCCCCAGCAUUCCUGCACAUAGCAAUCUGGGUCACGCCCCCGCGGUCUACCCACUUCAUCUGGCGUGCCUUUACGAAACCGGUGCCACCAAUGCGCUGUUUCUGCUUUCGCACAUGCUGGCUGACCACGCCCCCGAGGAACCCUAUACAUAUCUCGCAAUCGGUGUCUACUACCUAUCCGUGUCGAAGAUUGCUGAGGCGCGUCGAUUCUUUUCGAAAGCGUCUUUACUGGAUCCUCACUCUGCACCGGCUUGGAUCGGUUUCGCUCAUACCUUUGCGGCUGAGGGCGAGCAUGAUCAGGCCAUCGCCGCCUAUAGCACUGCUGCGAGACUCUUCCAGGGCAGCCACCUGCCACAGCUCUUCCUUGGAAUGCAACACCUGGCUUUGAACAAUAUGUCGUUGGCGCACGAAUAUCUCUGUGCAGCUUAUGCCAUGUCGACCGGAGCUGCGCCUGGUUCGGGCCCCAGCCUUUCUUCGAACCUGUCGGCCGUGUCUCUUGGCGGCGAUCCUCUUGUGUUGAACGAGCUCGGGGUGGUCUUCUAUCAUCAGAAUAAUCACGGUGCUGCAGUCGAGCUGUUCCGGCAAGCCCUGGCGCUAGCUGCCUCACUCCACUGCGAACCCGGUGCCUGGGUUGCCACUCGCGCGAACAUGGGCCAUGCACUUCGUCGCCUCGGUCGUCUCCCUGAGGCUCUCCGGGAGUUCGACGACUGCCUUCGUGUUGGAGCCGGAGGAACCAGUCUGGGGUACUCUCCCUUUCUGGGCGGCGGUGCUGGGGGUUCCGCUGCGGUGGCGACGGCAUCCGGGGUUGGGGGCUAUGAGGACCGGGGCCUUGUGGGAUCGCUGCAUACCUCGCGCGGACUAUUACUCCUGGAACUCGGUCGCACCAGUGACGCUGUGACGUCUCUCCACGAAGCGGUUCGCGUGUUAGGAGCCAGUGGCGGCGGGGAUGCCGCCGGCGGUGCUGGCGUUGCUGGCACCCUGCUGAACCGAGCGCUGGAAGUCUGGGCCGUGGAGGGCCGCGAGCGCGAUCGGCAAGCCAUGGACGAGGGCACCACCAGCCGUGGCUCAUAUCGCGCCCGGGAUAUGAACGGCCGCGAGCGGACUGCGACUGAUGAGAGCAACCGACGCCGAAUCCGACACGCGGGAUAUGCGGAGGAAUGGACGGACGAAGUGACUCAUGCCGCGACCUCCGAGACCCUGGACACGGAGACCCUGGAGGAACGAGUUGAGAUGGACCUCGAUGAUAAAGCGGAUACCCUGCUGGGGCGCGCCUUGGGUCGUGUUCGCCCUGGCGGCCGAACGCGUCGCACGCCGCGGCCGGCCAGUCCAGACAUCAAGGGCGGCGCGCCCGCUGCUAGGCGACGGGACAGGGCCCAUCGAAGCCAACCGGGCCAAUGA